UGUCUCGCGUAUGGUUUUCCUUUCUUUACCCUCGUGGCCAAACUCUCCUACUCAGCCCCUCUAUAUAUAACUUUGGGCGCACAGUAGUAGCUGAGGAACAAAUUUUCUGAUUCUGUGGAAACGAGAGAGAGAGGAGAGAAUGGCGAAGGAAGAGAGUGUGAUGGGUUAUAGUAGCAGCAGUAAUGCCAAGAGAGCUCGAUUACAAUCAACGCUUUCAGCUCUUCUUGAUGAUCCUAUACUUUCCGAUGUGCCCAGGAAACCUAAUCUCACUGACGUUGACACUCUGAUCAACUUAGAGUUAGGCAGUGCUAUGAGAAUCUCCAUUGUUAAAAUGGAUGGAACUUCCUUUGAGGUGGCGGUGUUGAAUUCAGCUACACUAAAGGAAUUGAAGUUAGCAAUCAAGAAGAAAACAAAUGAAAUUGAACAAUCAAAAAUGGGUCAUCGUCAUAUUUCAUGGAGGCAUGUUUGGGACAACUUCUGUCUUUCGUACCACAAUGAGAAGCUAAUAGACGACAAGUCUGUGCUUCAAGACUUCGGCAUACGUAACAAUUCUCAGGUGCAUUUUGCUCCUUAUGUAAAGUCAAAGGUCUCGCAGGGAAGACAUUCACGAAGGAGAAAACAUCGAUUCUUUCAUGGUCUUAGCAAGCGGUUAUGAGUCUGGAAAUCAAUUGGUAACUCUACUCUCCCAGUUGGACUAAUUAGUUGGAUUUGAGUUAAAUGACAGUUGAUAUUGCCUUCGAAUGCUGCCAAAGAUGCGAGAAUUAUAAUCUCUAGACUGAUCAAACUAUUUUCUAGUUUACAAGGGGUCAUAAUUUGGAUUAGGAACCCCAAUGGAGAUGAUGAGAAGCUGCUAGAGUCUUUUUCUUUUUCUUUUUUCCAAAUAAUGGAGCUAUUUUCAAACCUAGUUGAAUACCAACUAUUUUCUCGAUAAAGUUCUUUGAAGUAGGGACUGCUAUAUAAGAUGGAUGCGUUUGUAUAAUAUAUGUCGAAGGGUCAAUCCGGAUAAAAAAAUACACACUUGCAUAUAUAGAUGAAUUAAUGUUUAUUUACAGUUUUCUGUUUUCA